GUCUUUCCCACAUGGGUCCUUGAAAUGUCUGGUCUCAGAUUGGGCCACGUUUUCCUAUCCUAGACUCUGGUACGAGUAUACACGUCUAGUAUUAAUAUUCACAACCAUUUGCUUCCAGCAUGGCUGGCUUAAACAUUUUGGUUGGGUUUUUUGUCUCUGUAGUAGUCAUUUCACACAUUCUUCGAUGGACAGCCAAGAAACUACUUCCUUCCAGACUUUACAGGUGUACUGUGAGUGAGCUGGCGAGCUCCUUCCAGUUAUGUGCCUGUUGCUUGGAGCUCCGGGUGUUAACAGAUAUUGGGAUGUGGGGUGGUGGUUUUGGUUCUGAUGUAGUUAUGACUCUCUUAUUUCUGCUGUUUCUGGCUCAUGGAUUUACAUUUGAUGGGGCAUCUGCCAACUCAGGUGUGUCUCUUCAGGAUCUCCUUCUGCGGGAUGCCCCUGUUACAGAUACUGUAGCGAAACUGUUGGCUCAAUACACAGGUAUGGAAGCUGCCAAGGUGUUGACCAAACAUUAUUGGGCAUUAGAACUGACAGAAUUUCACAUGAUCCAAAACAUGAUGGCACAAGAAUGCAGUUCUGCUCUUCUAACUUCACUUGCUCAGGGCUUUUUUGUGGAAGGACUGUGUGCUUUCUGUUAUCACCUGGUGCUCCUUCGCUUUCAGAGAACAAGCCUGAUGUACAGGGUUCCGGUGGUAGCCCUUACAGUAACCUUACUGGUGUAUGCAGGUGGGCCAUAUACAGGUGCCUUCUUUAACCCCAUGCUGGCAUUAUCCGUAACGUUUCAUUGCUCUGGAAAUACCCUUCAGGAGUAUGUUGUGGUCUACUGGGGUGGAGCUUUUCUUGGGAUGGUACUAGCCCUCUUCCUUUAUCAGGGUAAUAUCCCUCUGCUCUUCCAGAAGAACUUGCUGUAUACUCAGAAAGGUAAAUACAGAACACCAAAGGGAAAAGCACUCCAGAUGUCUUCAGCCAAGGUUUCAGAUGAUGUCAAAUCACUCUCCAAGAAGAAAAGUAAAGCCAUACAACCAAAAUGAAACGUUGUACCAAAGGAAAUAAUUGAAUAACAGAGCAAUCGCUAUUCUAGGGGUGGAUAACACAAACCAUUUACAAAACCAUAUUAAAUUUGUGGACUAGAAUGAGUAUGUGUUGCCAGCAUUGCCGUCUGUUUUCAGUAGUGCUUGGUUAAUUAUAUGAACUGUAUUUUCUGAUACAGAUGAAGAGACACAAUUGUUGUAAAAUAGGGAAGAGACCUGUGUGAAUGGUAGCAAACUGCUGGAAUGUAUUGUUCGUUAUGUGUUUUCUUCUCUAAUUAAAUGUUACAUUUGUCACA